AUGAAACUGCUAUCGCAAAAGCAGUUCAAGGACGUCGAGGAGGAGCAAGUCACACUCCAGCCCGAGGAACCUGAAGACAUGUGGCAUGCAUACAAUCUCAUAGUCGUCGGCGACCGCGUUCGCGGUCACGCUAUUCGCAAAGUGAGCCUUGUCAAUGGUGGCACCGGCGCCACCCAGUCGGAACGCGUCCACGUCGACCUCACCAUCAAAGUCAAGUCGCUCUUUUUCGACCCAGCCGCCUCGUCGUUGCGCGUCUCAGGCAUCAUCUGCUCCGAAAACGAACAUGCGCCUAUGGGAUCCCACCACACCCUCGACCUCGAAGUUGACCGUCCGUUUACUCUCAUCAAGGCGCACGGCUGGGACAGCGUCGCCCGCGAGGCGCUCGCACAAGGCCUCGGCGACGAUCGCAACCGCGCGACCGCCACAAUUGUCAUGCAGGAAGGCCUUGCCAAUAUUUGCCUCAUUACCGAGUUCAGAACCAUUUUCAAGGCCCGUGUGGACCACGUGGUGCCCAAAAAGAGAGACGCUGCGGCCACGCAGGAUGCGGGCAUUAAGAAAUUUUACGAAAAGACCCUCGCCACUCUCCUUCGCUCAAUAGACUUCGCCGCCCCGCGCCCACUGCUGCUCGCCAGUCCGGGCUUCAUCGCCACAGAUUUCAAAGAAUACAUUGCCCAGCAGGGCCGCGACAAGUCCGACAAGAUACUCACCUCGGUCGCAAAGCAGGCCACCAUCAUUCACUCCAACUCGGGCCACAUGCACAGCCUGCGCGAGGUACUCAAGAGUCCCGCGGUCAUGGCCCAGAUGCGCGACAUGAAUUUUGCCAAGGAGGCACAGUAUAUGGACACCUUUUUCGAGCUGCUCAAGCGCGACGACGGCCGCGCUUGGUACGGCGCCCAUGCCGUCAUCAAGGCCAUUACCGAUGGCGCUGUCGGCCCUGGCGGCGGCGUGCUGCUCAUCAAUAACUCGCUGUUUCGCAGCAACGACCUCGCGAUUCGCAAAAAGUACGUGGCCCUAGUUGACAAGGUAAAGCUGGACGGCGGCGAGACGCGAGUGCUCAGCAGCGAUCACGAAAGUGGCCAGCGCCUCAAGAUGCUGGGCGAUAUUGCGGCCAUUCUAAAUUACCCCAUGCUUGACCUGGACGAGGACGAAGAGGAGGAGGAAGCACAGCCAGAAGUAGAUAGAAUCAGGCACGAGGAAGACGAUGUCGGCAUGUUGGAUAGCGUCAUUUGA